AUGUUUUUGGCAAACGUUUAUUAUUGCUUUAAACCUUUGUUCGGUAUAAACGAUUUUGUAUUCCGUAUGGCCCGCUUAUUGUUCGACGGUUUCGAUAAUCUUUGGUUAUUUUAUUAUAAACCGGCAAAUAAAUUGCUAUUUUUAAUUAUUUUUUUUUUAAAAUUCCGGGCUUCGCAAUUUUGCUAUUUAAAAUUAAACAAGCUCGAUGGCCGCUAUAAAUUUUUUCCAUUUAUUAAGCCUUCCGUAUUUAGGUCGAGCAUAAAGCGUUGUAUUUUUAAAGUAAAAGCGAUAAGGUUUUUCCGUAUAAUGUUAAUUUGCAAAGCGAAAUUGUUAAAUGCUUGGUUUGCUUUAAAUUGCAAACGCUUUUCGAUAAUAUCGAUGCGUUUUGCAACGGCGCUUUUGUUUUGUUUAAAAUCGUUUUAUUGUUUUUCGACCCGGGUAAAGCGAUUUUUACCGAUAAGCUCGAAUUUUAUCGCAAUAAGUAAGGUUAUUUGCCGCGGAUUAAUUGGUUCGGAAAAAACGCGUAGCUUUUUAAAAGCAAAAGCAAAUUUGUUGCUUAAAAUAAUAAACGGGUUAAAAAAUUUAGCGGUAAAUUUAAUAAUUAUAGCAAGCGCAAGGUUUUUUUCGUUUUUAAAAGCAAAUUUCGGCGAACCGGCUUGGUUAUUUGCCCAAAUGCGUAAAAUUGCGGUAACGCUAUUAAAAAUUUGCGCAAUAAAAAAAGGAAUUAAACCUAUAAAAAUAAAUAAUAAUUAA